GGCAGCAGCAGCAGUCAAAGAUGGCAAUGUCUGUGAUCCAAGUGUGCCGCAGUCUGGCUCUCUCAACAUGGCUGCUUUCCUUUUGUUUCGUGCAUCUGCUGUGCCUGGAUUUCACGGUGGCCGAGAAAGAGGAGUGGUACACGGCCUUCGUGAACAUCACUUAUCCAGAUCCCGGCGGCGGCGGCGGCAGCGGCGGCGAGCUGCGCAGCGAGAAGAGCGAGUGCGGCCGCUACGGGGAACACUCUCCGAAGCACGACGUCUGGGGGCAGGUGGCGAUGACCUCGGCGGCCGCCGACAGGCAAGCCUGCGACCCCAACGCCAGGUUCGCCGUUCCGGGGCCCGGCAAGAUCUGGAUCGCGCUCAUCCCCAGGGGGAAUUGUAGUUUUAUGGAGAAGAUCCGGCACGCCGCCUCCCAAAACGCCUCGGCCGUGGUCAUCUACAACUUGGGCUCCAGCAACGCCAACGAGACCACCACCAUGCCCUCCGCAGGUACAGAAGAUGUUGUAGCAAUAAUGAUCCCUGAACUAAAGGGGAAAGAGAUAGUGAGUCUGCUGGAGCGGAACAUUACUAUGAUGAUGCACAUAACAAUUGGAACUCGGAACCUGCAGAAGUACGUUAGCCGUACCUCCGUGGUGUUUGUCUCCAUCUCCUUCAUUGUGCUGAUGAUCAUCUCUUUGGCAUGGCUGGUCUUCUACUAUAUCCAGAGGUUCAGAUAUGCAAAUGCGAGAGACAGAAACCAGCGCCGUCUUGGUGAUGCCGCAAAGAAAGCAAUCAGCAAAUUACAAGUCAGAACAAUAAGGAAAGGAGAUAAGGAAACUGAGCCUGAUUUUGAUAACUGUGCAGUAUGUAUUGAGGGCUACAAACCGAACGAUAUUGUCAGGAUCUUGCCCUGCCGGCAUCUCUUUCACAAAUCUUGUGUUGAUCCAUGGCUACUAGACCAUCGCACCUGCCCUAUGUGUAAAAUGAACAUCUUAAAAGCACUAGGGAUUCCGCCAAAUGCAGAUUGUGUAGAUGACAUCCCUCCAGAUUUUGAAGCUUCUAUAGGAGGGCCACCAACUAAUCAGAUUACAGGAGCUAGUGACAUAACUGUGAAUGAAAGUUCUGUAGCAUUGGAUCCUCCUGUCCGGACAGUUGGAGUAUUACAAGUCAUCCAGGAUGCAGAUCCGCUUCCACAGCCUGGGGAAAGUAAUCUCACCACAACCAGUGAGCAGGAGCCAGCAGUCAGCAGCGAUUCUGAUAUUUCAUUGAUUAUGGCAAUGGAGGUUGGACUCUCGGAUGUGGAGCUUUCCACUGACCAAGACUGUGAAGAGGUGAAAUCCUGAGAGAAAAAGCAAAUCAAAAGACCCUAAGCUCAAGGACAGUAGCGGGAAGGGGAAGAAACAGAAUCAGCUCUGUAAGAUUUGGACCAGUUGUGUACACGCGCGUACCCAUAUUCCCAUGUGCACAAACGCGUGUACCCAUACACACGCCUCCAGAACAUUUUGUACAUUCUUCAUUCUGGGAUGGUCAUGAAAAGCAAUAGCAACAGACGUGUCUGCCUGGAUGCAGUUUCAUCAUCAAAAACACGUGUUCGUUUCAUUGGCAUCGGAAGGUGAAAAAGAACUGUUUCUAACACAAGAACCAGAAGAGUUAUGCACCUUCUCGGUAGCUCAGAACUUUGUAACU